GCAGGGCCCGGGGCAGGCGCAGGGUCGCCGCGCACACCGCCGCCAGCCCGCGGCCGGGCGCCCCGCUCCGCCGGCAGCCGGCGGGGAGUCACCGCAGCCCCGAUGGCCAAGCAGCCCCCGGAGGUGAAGGCGCAACGCGACGGCGAGGGCGGGCGGCUGCCGCCGGCGGAGGGGCCGGGCCCGGCCGCGCAGCUGCGUCCCGGCGCUCCCGCCGCCCUGCCCGGCUCCUCCGCCACCGCCACGGCGGGGCCUCCGCCGCGGGGCCCGCCCGCCAGCCCCGGGCCCUUCGCCACCCGUUCGCCCCUCUUCAUCUUCGUGCGGAGGUCGCCGCUGCUGUCGCGCUCCUCCAGCGGGUACUUCUCCUUCGACGCCGAGCGCAGCCCCGCGCCCCUCAGCUGCGACAAGGCCACGCAGACCCCCAGCCCGCCCUGCCAGGCCCUCAGCCACUGCCGCAGCGCCAUGGCUUCCCGGUGGCAGUCUCACUCGCUAGCAGACAUACAGCCCGAAAUCUGGAUUGCACAGGAGCUGCGGCGCAUCGGAGACGAGUUCAAUGCCUCCUAUUGUCCAAGAAGGGGUUUCUUGGAUAACCAGGCGGGAAACCCCCAGAUCUUCAUUUUACGCCUCCUGCGUUACAUCAUCCGCCUCAUCUGGAGGAUGCACUGAGCGCCGGGCGUAUCCCCAGGCACCAGGACUUGUUUACUUGUUGGGAAGGCCCAGGGAGGAUGGACGGAUGGACGGACGGACAGACACAGGGCUCCCAGCACCGCCCGGAUCCCACCCUGCCUCACCCCCAGGACGCGCGGCGGGGACCGUCAGAUGAGGGUGGACAUCCCACGCCGACCUGCUGGGACUCUCUGGUGCAGGACUUUGUCCGAGAGUGAUGUUUACUGCGUUUCUCUCAACUCUUUUAUUAUUUUUUUUUUAACUAAUUUUUCCAAAAGAGUCUCAGAGAAAGUCUUCAACGGCAAUGGAGUAACUUUUUUUGUCAUCGUUUCUGGAAACCUGUCGUCUCGCCUGGGAUAAACGCUGCAGCAGGGAAAAGGAAAACCUGAGCCAGCUGAUGGGCAGAGCCGCCUUAGUUUGCCUUGCUGACCUUAUCGCAGAGACUCACGGAGCCCUCGCCUCUCCCCUUGCCUCCUGCGCGUUUGUCCACGAAAAAGGAUGGCGAUGAUGGAAGAAGGGCAGAGGGAUUUAAAUCGGCACUUCUUUUACCUGUAAAUACCUGAUGCUUCCCCAAAUCCACCUUCAUCUGCAUCAUGCAAAUAGCCUAUUUCCUGCUGACUGAUUUUUUUUAAAUUUUUUUUUUUUUUUUACACUCUGAAUUUCCAGACUUAGCUGUCAGACUCCCAGGGUCCAAAAUAUCACAACCGACCAAACGAAAAAACAAUCCACCAGGUUGCCUUUUUUUAGAAAUUCUUUCUAUUAAAAUGUCUGAAAAUGCUUAUGUAUCGUAUAGUAUUAUAUAUAAUAUAUAAUGCUAGUGACUGAGUAAUUCAGCAAUAAAACAUUCUCGGAGGCAGGUAAAAACAGUUCCCAGCACACCGCAGCUUUGCACCCGGAGACGGCAGCUCCCGCUGCGUAACUUCAGGAACUAUUUUAAGUUGUAGCCUGUACCUUGCUGUGGAACCCGGGAGGAUGAUUUUUUUUCCUUUUUUUUUUUUUUUUUUUUUUUUCCCUGGAAUCCUCUCUGCGUUUGGACAGGACAGCCUGGAGCCAGGGGGUUGAGCGGGACGGGACGGACGGUCAGCGUGAAGACCCUGGAUGCUCACGUGCUGGGACGCAGCUGGAAGAGGCGCCGAAGGAUGCCGACCUGGUACGGAUCCACCCGGGGACUUGCCGCGUGGGGUCCGCUCCCCACCGACUGCCGUGUCUCCCCCCCAAACUGCCCUCCUACCCCCGGGAAGACCUCACCGGGCGCCCGAUGCUGUUCCAGGGCAUCUCCCCUUCCCCCUGGAGGCCUUGCUGGAGGAGCCCCGAAGGCUCAUCUGAAGAAGCAGGUCUGUCUCCUCGGGUCCUCCGUUGUCUCCGGUUCAUCUCGCAGGCAGCUGCUGCACAACGGGCGCUUUCGGGGGGGGUUGGCUGCUCCAGCCACCCCCGUAUCUAUGCACAAACGUACCCCUCUCUGCCUCCGGAACUGCCCCUCGCCUCUGGCUGGCGCAGGUGGUCCUCAAACCCACUUCCAAAUGCCGCGGGAUUAUUUCUGGUUUAACCAGCACCAUAGAAAAAGGAGAGAAAAAAAAAAAAGGAGAAAAAAAACCCCCAAAACACCCCACCCCCACCAUAGCGCUUUUUCCUGCAAUGCGCACGCAGGGAGAAGCUGUUCCGAGUGCCAUGUACAAUUAGUGGUGUUUUUAAUGAUGGACAAACUGUACGAUCUGACCUCUGUGCGCUGGCUGCGUGCGCCUGUCAGGUAGGCGAAGAGCUGUGGUGUUGGUGCGGGGCUGCGUGCCUCUGAUUGCACUCCUCUGGAGGAUUACGGAGCGAUCUUUUUUAACUGUUAUUUUAAUUUUUUUUUAAUUUUUUUUUUUUUCUUUUGGACCUGCAAGAUGAGCAUCGGUUGCAGGAGUUGGCCUCAGCUACAGGAGCAGGGGAUUUUGGAGAGGGUGUGGGGGAAACCUUUGCACUGGUGGAGAGCGAGCGGUUAAAAUAUCUGGUGAGCUUGGCCAGGGCAGGUUCCUGCUCCUCGUCCCCUUGGUUUUGGCUCACCGUAGCUGUGCCGCCCCAGCCGUGCUCAAGCCGUCGCUUAUUUUCUGGAGGGUUUAUCUAGAAAACCCCAGCAGGGAGGCUGCUGCCGUGGGUUUCCCAUGGGAACCUACGUAGAGUUGCACGGCUGUUGGUAAAAUGUGUUUAAAAAAAAAAAAUAAAAUAAAAUUAAACUGGCAGCAGAGUGGGGAACCAACUGAGCUUUCUCCCCCCCCCCCCCCCAGUCGAGUUUCAUCCGUCAGUGGAUGAAACGGUGCUUUCGGGUCUCGCAGCCUUCCAGCAUCCCGCCAGCACCGCGCCGCCCAGAAUGUGUCCCUUGGAGUACACCAAAGAAAUGCUGAGCACUUUACCCUGUCCUCCCCGCCAGGCCACCCCAGCCAACGACGGAGACAAAAAUUACAUGAAUUUUAAGGGGAAACCCCCCCGAGGUAUUGGCACUGUCUGCCUGGGACUUUUCCCCAGGAGGCGUUCCCGGCCAAGAGGUAGGCAUAGGAAAAUUAGCCCCCAUAAAACCAGGUUUCACCCCCGUGGAGUGGUGAGGUUUAGGGGAAAAACCUCCCAAAAGUCUUUAAACAGAAGAAUGACGUUUUUAAAUAGUGAUUAUACUCAUUUUAGCCGUGUUGGCUGACUGCUCUGGGUCAUUUUAAGCAAAACCUAUGGUCUCUGUCCUGCCAAAAGGACGUGAUGAAGAGUUUUCCUUGGUUGCGGGGAAACCAGAUUUAUUCCCCGGUGAUCUCAUGCAAUGUGUUAAUGCUUCUCCUCUUUUCCGUAACUGUAAAUACCCGAAUAUUUAUUAGAGUAGGGCACCGUAUUAUUUUCAUCAUCUGAGCCAAAUAUCUGUGUGCAAUGUAUUUCCUUUCCUUUCUCUCAUGUAAGUUUUGUACAGCUUAUAAAUAAGUAAAAAAAAAAAAAAAUUACUUUUUUUCCCCUUUUUAGAGUUCAACUUGGUAAAUACUGUAGAUUCCUUUUUUUCCCCCCGUGUAAUUAAUGCACUCUACUGUUCCAUAAUGCUGUAACUUGUAGAAAUGUCGUAUAUUUAUUUUCUGCUUAUUUAAGUUCCUGUAAAGAUUUUGUUUCCCCCUUCUCUCGGCCCCUGCAAUAAGUGAUCCAAAGCACUGGCUUCUCCUGGCGGUGCUGCCAGCGUCCUUAAGGAUAAUGAGAUUAUUAUUAUUAUUAUUAUUAUUUUUUCUCCAAGUGCCUAAGUCCCACUUCCCAGUAGUGAUUUUAGGCACGGCAAAGACUUCAGCAUUAGUGACAUUCAGUGGGAAUUCGGCUUCUCCAUCCCCAUGAUUUUGGCCGCCCCCCUUUUUAAAGCCACGUUUCUCCUCCAUCUCGGCCGCUUUCCCUGGCCCAGCUUUACCAUCAGGUACAGCCCCAGCGCGCGCCGAUGUGCUGACGAAUCACUAAGUCGUUCCACAGGACCCAGCGUAUGUAGCAUUUUUAUUGCAAUUUCCCUGGCUUACUUGUGUUUUGCACUGAUGAAUUUUGGACAGGGUAAUUGCCACUUUACUUGUGCAAUACUGCUGUAAAUAAUUGCAGAUCUUUUUUUUUUUUUUUUUUUUAAGAUGCAAUCUUUUAUGUUCUUAAUAUGAGUUUUAUAUGAAUAAAAACUUUCAACUAUUUGUCACGAGUGCUGUUUUCUUUUGGGGGGGUGGUGAUCACCUGAGGAAGGGCUGGGAGGGGAUAUUUGCUGUUUUAUCACCUGUUUGUCACCCGUGCUCCCCCAGAGCGAGGAUGCAGGCACGUACCCGGCGUUUCCCUCUGCUCAAAGAUGCUCAGAAAUUCCCAGGGACGCUAAAAUGCGUCUGAUAAAGGAAGCUGGUUUGUAAGAUGUUGCCUUGAGUGGUCCCAAACCCAAGAGCAGCACCUCUGCUCCCCCAGCUGGGAGUGCUUUGGGGUGUGGUUGGGGU